CACGGAUGCUGAUCUGCUUCUGACAAUUCUCUGGGAGUGCAAACACGCGCACAGUCAGCCUGCAAUGGAUGUUCUCUCCUGCCGCACGUGUCAAAACUACUUCCAGAAGCCGAAGCACGACUUCUGCUUUCGGCGCCUCACCAAGUCCCUGGUGGAAGAAAUAAGCAGAGAUCCUCUUCCAUUAAAUGACGGAAACAUCCCAGACCGCAGGAGCCUGCAGCCAUUUAUUCUACCGAAGCAGAAAGCCGUGCAUGGGUCAAAGGAGUUCUGGAUUAGCGCGAGAAAGGCGUGCGUGUCUGAAAUGAUAUACGAGGCCCAGAAGGCCAAUAGCGGCAUCCACGUAAAGCGAUCCUCUUCUUUGUACACGGGCUGUGAGAAGUCUGGAGAGCAGAUACAGAGGGAGAGAAGGUGCUCGAUUCCCUCUGACCACAGCGAAGAGAGCACCACUGAGAGCCAGACUGAGAGCGAUGGGAGCAUUAGUACCGAUGGAAGUAAUGAAACUGACAGAAGUGAUGAAAGUACUCCUGUGGUCACAUGCACAAGCACUCCACGCACAGCACAUUCUACUCACUUCUCUUUGGGCGAGAACAUUACAUUAAGGAAUGGAGAAAGCACAGUGUGUGAGAAAGAAAGCAGUGCAGAAGAGAGUGAGUGUGCAUCGCGCUGCUCUGCUGCACCAGGCGCGCAGAGUCCUGGAGAGAGCAGGAGUGGCCUGUAUAGCAGCAGCAAUAGCAUAGGAGAGAUGCACGAUACUAUGAGCAGUGAAAUUACAGACGAGAGCAGUGAAAGCAGCAGUGAUAUGGAUAUACGGCAUAUACUAGAGUCAGAUGAGACAGACAGUGCCGAGGAGUGCACUAGCACAUAUGAUGGCUAGAUCUGCUGACGUUUGUUUAAGUGUACAUUAUAGUAUACUCUGUGUAUUAGUGCUGUAUAGUAUGUGCCGGGCCUUCUCUGAUGUUCUAGUUUCUUCUAUGCAUGCUGUGUGCUAGUUAUUGUACUCACACAUGAUGCAAUUAAGCUAUAUCCUGGUAUAACCCGAAUGUCUGAAGCACCCGGUGUAUAAGACACUGUUCUCUUUCCAUUGUCGUAUAAUUGCCUGCCUUCUACUAUUCCAAACUCUGUGCUUUAUUUUAUAUGUACCUA